AUGUCUCUUCAUCUGCAGGCUGUACUUGAAACAGUUGAUGCCAUUGUUGGUGAUGAUUCAAGAGAGUCUUGGGAAGUUCUGAAUUCAAAUGGAUCCCACAGUGCAAGCUCAGAAUUACUGGCUUCACUGGAGACCCUCUCUGAUGGGUUGGAUGGGGAGAUUGUGUUUGAGACUAAAGGGAUCCAUCUCAACAGAACGCCGUUUGACAACUCCUUUAGGGCAGAUCUGAACAACAGCAUUGUCCUAGACAUUCCAGACACCAACCUCAGCAAUGUCUUUAUCACCACCAUGAUCUUCUCCACCCUUAAUAAUGUCUUGCCAGCACGGAACUCCAGCUUUGACAACAGCCUCUUAAAUGGCACCAUUAAUGAUACUGUCACCGAUAAUGCCAUUAACGCUGCAGUGGUGCUUGUCAAAAUAAAUGCAACAAUUCAGAAUGUUACUCUGAGCUAUGACAAGCUGAACAUGUCCCUGUCACUAGACCCACAGUGUGUCUUCUGGAACUUCACACUGUUUGAUAAUCUGGGUGGUUGGGAUCAUGAGGGUUGUACGUUUGUUUCCGACAUAAAUGACACGGUAAAGUGCAACUGUAACCAUCUCACCUCUUUCUCAAUUUUGAUGGCAACAAACAUCCCUUUAGAAGUGAGAAAAGUCUUGGAUGUAUUCACUUAUGUUGGAGUUGGGAUAUCUCUGGCAAGCUUAGUCAUCUGUCUCAUUAUUGAAGGAUACGUUUGGAAAGCCAUCACCAGAAAUAGCACUGCCUUCAUGCGUCACGUUUCCAUCAUUAACACUGCCCUUUCUCUGUUGAUUGCUGACAUCUGUUUCAUCAUUUCUGCCAGUAUCGCUAAGAAUCCCCUUGAAAACCCAGGGGAGAACUUUGACGUUCCAAAGGGAGCAUGCAGCACAGCAACAUUUUUUAUGCACUUUUUCUACCUUGCUCUGUUCUUUUGGAUGCUUGUGUCAGGCCUUCUCCUCUUUUACCGGACAGUCAUGGUCUUCUCCCACAUGUCCAAGUCAACCAUGUUGGUGAUUGGCUUCACAUUAGGCUAUGGUGGCCCUCUGAUUAUUGCCAUUACUACUGUUGCUGUCACAUCCCCGAGAAAGCAAUACGUUGACUUUUUUUGUUGGCUCAACUGGUUUCAGACAAAGGCCCUACUGGGAAUGGUGAUACCUGCCUUGACUAUAGUUUUCAUCAACAUUUCAAUCAUAAUUGUGGUUUUGUUCAAAAUGUUGAGAAGAGUUGUCGGAGACACUGCCCAAACACAUAAAAAGCAUAGACCUGUGGUAAUUUUUAGGUGUGUCGUACUUUUUUUAAGUCAUCCUUUAUUUGGACUGACCUGGUCUUUGGGAGUGGGAACUGUGAUUUCGCCAAAUCAAGGAAUCCACAUUGCCUUUGCAUUCUUCAGUUCACUACAGGGUUUCUUCAUUUUAGUGUUUGGGACCCUAUUCGAUUCAAAGAUCUGUUCUAUCCUCUCAAGAAAAUGACCAACAUCAAGCACUGGCCCCAAUCCAAAAAGAAGAAGAGAGACACUGUUGUCCGGCAAGUGCGUCUGGACCUGUGUGACCUGCAGCCCAUCUUCGAUGACAUGCUGCACAUCCUGAACCCAGACGAGCUGCACAUCAUCGAGAAGGGAGGAGGGAUCUGACGACACUGACUACACACCUCUCUGCACCUGCAACCUGACUGAGCGAAAUCACUGCUAAUUCAUGUUAGCAUUAACUCUUGCAUAAACAAGGAUGUUCAUUUUGACUAGCAAAAAACAAAAACAAAACGUAUGUUACUUACCUAAAAAAAAUGUUUUGAAAUGAAAUGUCUAUUAGUCCAACCAAACACAGAACAAGACAUUUUUAAUCAACAAAAUAUUCAAAUAAACUGUCAUUAAGUGAAAAUACAGUGAAAGGGUCAAAGUAAUGAGACGAAACCGGUAAACAUACUUUUUUUUAAAAAUUUUUUUUAACUUUACUGACGCAUUGCCAUCAAUAUGGAUUGUUACGCUUUUCUCCUGAUGACGGCUCGCCUUGUUAGUGACCUGUCAAUCAAUGGUAGCCACGGCCAAAAUCAUAUGAUUCUUUAUCUUCUUUAUUUUUUUCUAAAUGGGGCCAUUAUUUAAACUAUUAACAUCAAAUGUCUUGAAGAAGGUUUUUUUAAUAAAAAAAUUCUGAAGU